AUGUAUUCAGCGGUGGGAACAUGUGUUCGGACACCUGUUGGGGAUACUCAGUAUUUUCCAGUUGAGGUAGGGCUUCAUCAAGGGUCAGUAUUAAGUCCUUUGCUUUUUAUAAUGAUUUUGGAUGUGAUUACUCGGGAUAUUCAGGCUCCUAUACCUUGGUGUAUGCUUUUUGCCGAUGAUAUUGUAUUAAUUGCUGAGUUUCGGAACGAUGUUAAUAUAAACCUAGAACGGUGGCGUACAUCGCUGGAGGGUUAUGGAUUGCGUCUGAGCCGUUCCAAAACUGAGUACCAAUGUGCCAAUUUCAGUGAGGAGGUUCAUGAGGAGGAUGUAGCUUUGAAGGGUAAAUUUUAUCGAGUGGCAAUCAGACCGUCAUUACUAUAUGGUUCUGAGUGUUGGCCAUUGGGAAAGGCUCGGGAACGUCGACUAGAGACAGCAGAAUUGCGUAUGUUGCGUUGGAUUUGUGGUAACACUAUGACAGAAUUGCGUAUGGACAUGUUCGGCGUAAAUGUAACUCAGCCCCGGUUCGAAGGGUUGAACGCAUAUCGGUUCGGGGAAAGAGGAAGAGAGGUCGGCCCCGUCGGACGUGGUCUGAUCAAUUGA